AUGGUCUUCAACCGCCCCGGUAUCGCGUCCAUGUCCCUGGGCCGACCAUGGAUCCACGACCUUCCAGGAAAGCUGAUGCAGGCCGCCGCACACGGAUUCGAGGGAAUCGAGCUCUUCUUCGACGACCUGGACUGCUACGCGCAACGAACAUUCAACGGCGACCACCUCGAAGCCUCCCACCAAGUCCGCCGGCUCUGCGAGCGCCUCGGCAUGAGCAUCAUCUGCCUGCAGCCAUUCUCCAUGUACGAGGGUCUGAUCGACCGCGCCGAAACCGAGAAGCACGUCACCGAGAAGCUCCCCAAGUGGUUCGUCCUAGCGCGGGCGCUAGGCACGGACAUGAUCCAAGUGCCAUCCAACUUCCUCGGACCCGACCCGGCCACCGGUGCUCCCCGCACAACGGGCGACCGCUCCGUCAUCGUGAAGGACCUGCAGCGUAUCGCCGACAUCGGUGCCGCCGAGGGCUUCCGCUUCGUCUACGAGGCCCUGUGCUGGGGUGACCACAUCGACACCUGGGAGGCGUCGUGGGAGGUUGUGCGCGAUGUCGACCGCGCCAACUUCGGACUGUGCCUGGACUCCUUCAAUAUUGCCGGUCGUGUGUACGCUGACCCGGCUGCGCCUUCGGGCCGUACACCCAAUGCGGCGGCGGAUCUUGCUGCUUCGCUGGAUCGUCUGCGCAAUGCUAAGAUCGACCCUGCUAAGAUCUUUUAUGUCCAGCUUGUGGAUGGUGAGCGUCUUGAUGCGCCUUUGGAUGAGAAGCAUCCUUUCCACGUGGAUGGACAGCCUAUCCGUAUGUCGUGGUCUCGCAACUCUCGUCUUUUCCCCUUCGAGGAGUCCCGUGGUGGUUACCUGCCCAUUCUGGAUGUGGCUAAGGUCUUCUUUGAGGAUCUUGGUUUCCGUGGCUGGGUUUCUUUGGAGCUGUUCAGCCGUACCCUUGCCAACCCCGAUCCGUUUACCCCCGCUGACCACGCGUGUCGUGGUAUCGACUCUUAUUACAAGAUGAGCCGUGUCUUGAACUGGGAGGGCCAAGAAGAGAAGGCUGUCAAGUCAAUUGCGCCCUCUUCUCCUGUGCAGCACCGCCUGUGA